AUGGACAUCCUUGAGACACAUGCCUAUGACAGGCGGCAGAGGAGAAAUCUGUCCUGUGCUCUCCUAUUUUCUCUCUUGCCUUUUUUUCUGGCCACAGCUGCAUACUUCUACUUGUGGACCCCCAACUCCCCCGCGUCCAUCGUGUCAGCAGGUGUCAAAUCAGCACCGAUACUCCUGUUGGCUGUAGUGGUGCUGUACUGGAACGGAGGUCAGAGUGUCCUGGGAGUGGUAGGAGGACUACUCUUCUCUGCGGUCGGUGACGUGUGCCUGAUUUGGCCUGAGCUGUUUAUCCAUGGAAUGGGUGCAUUUGCUGUGGCUCAUCUGCUGUACUCAGUCGCCUUCCUCUCGGCUCGUUAUGCACCAAAUUCCUCUUCCUCCUGGAUCCGCUUUCUAUAUCUGAUCCUGUUCAUGAUUGGGGGAGGUUUCUAUGUUUACAUAUAUCCAUUUCUGAGGAAGGCACCAGACUCAGAUGCGCUCGUUCCAGCUGUGGGGGUGUAUGCAAUCUUAAUUACUCUCAUGGGGACAUUAGCUGUGAGGACCCGUCAUCCAGCAACACUGUUCGGAAGUUUGUUCUUCAUGGUGUCUGACCUUAUGCUGGCUCUGCAAGUUUUCAAGGCAAUAGCACCUCUGCAGCAUGGUAACUCUGUUAUCAUGGUGACAUAUUAUUUGGCACAGCUUCUAAUCGCUGUGGGCGAUGUAAAGGCGGUGGAUGACACGGAUGACUUUUCAAAAUGGAAGAGGUCCUAA